AUGGAUGUUCGUCUCCGAAAUUGUCAGAGCGUUAGAACUUUAAUCGUUUAUCGACCGCCUAACAACACGUCGUGUGCCCUGUUUUUUGAGGAAUUUUCUAGACUGCCAGAAAAUGUUUUAUCUGAGACCUCCGCUAGCCUAAUGAUUACUGGGGAUCUAAAUUUUCAUAUGGAAAAUUCUAACAACGCCCAUACUAGGCAGUUCUUUUGAAAUUCUUGAAACCUUUGAUCUCAAACAGAAUGUCUCUUCGGCUACUCACGCAAGUGGCCACACCCUAGAUCUGCUAAUAACAAGAUUAAAUGAGGAAAUUGUAAGGAACGUUAAGAUCCAUGACCCAAUGAUCUCUGAUCUCCUUGCAGUAUUUUGUAAUUUAUCUCUCAAAAAACCUCAGUUCAGGAAGAAAGUUAUCAGCACUCGAAAACUGCGCUCCUUGGAUACUGACUCCUUUUACGAGGAUGUUCGUAAUUCUUCUUUGGUUCAAGAACAACCCACUGACUUGGAUAGUGCAGUUGAUCAAUAUGAUCAUGGUCUUCGAAUGCUUUUGGACCAAUAC